GACGAUGAGAGCACGCGCACGGAGAUCCUAAUGCCAAUUGCACAGGUGGCCGAGGAGCAAAAGGAGGUGGCCGAGGAGCACGUGGAGGAGGCCUCGCAGAACAUGGAGAACGGUACUUUGAACGAAGAAACCGAAACGCCGUCCGACACGGCGUCCGAAACGGAAGGACCAGCUAAGAAGGUUGUUAGUGAGAUCCUUUGA